AUGGUGGUCCUUGCCAUGUUCACCCAUGUGAGCCUCGAUCUUUGCGGAUUUGUUGGCUUUUGGCACGCCAAAAGAGGCGGCGCGCACCCACGAACCGUUGGGGUCGCCGUUGACCCAGCUGCAGUGUUAAGUACUGCGUCAGCUGCAACAGCCCUUGUUGAUUUCAUCAACAAGCAGAUGAAAUACUACGAAAAAGAGAUUGCAAAAAUUCCGCUGUUGCCGCUGAGCGGGGAUGUGCAAAAACAUGCUCAGAAACUGCUUGUAAGUCUGGUGAGUGCGCAGAAGCUUGGCAACAGCAUUAUUCCGAGAUCGCAAAGAGUACCUGAACAGCCAAUUGAAAACACGAGCUUCGAGCAGUUGAUGAUGACAGUCUUAGCUGACAACCGAACAACUGGUGUCUCUGCAGUGCACGCAGAACCAGGCGUUGGCAAGUCCACUGCCACGGCACUGGCGCUCAGGAAUGGGAUGCCGAACUCCUCAGUCGGAGUGCUUCUACAGGGAGCUUUCCAGAAGAGCCUCAGAGACUUUUUCCGGGCAGCAGAUGCUGCAGAUGCCGUGCAAGUUGCUUCGGUGCUGUUUGAUUUGCUUCAAGCUGGUGGCAUCCGUUUGCAGAUCAUCUUUGACAACACCUUUGAUCAGGGGUUGCAGGGACAAGAAGCCUUGCUGCUGGGUCUCACCAGGUCUGCGUUUGACUGUGGUCACCACCUGCUCGUCGUCACCCAAUCUGAGAAAGCUGUCCAGGAGGUAGUCAAUCUGAAUGGAGCACGCUCCCGAGCUUGGGCACAAAACGAUUCACGCAGCUACAGAUGGGGACGCAUGGAGGCUAGGAAGUACUUGCAGAACAACCCAUUGCGUUCCAACGAGCAGACCAUCGACGCGGUUCUGAACAUUACAGCGGUUCCGGAUCAAAUCGGCAGAUGGCGACCUGUGGACGUAGAUGAGUACUUGCGCACGGGUCGAAGACCGCAAGCACCACAAGCAGGACAAGGCUCACAGUUCAAGUUUCGCAUGGCUCACAUGGCCCAUCUGCCGGACCUGCAGGCACAAGAGUUGCAAGGCGCGACCUCUGAGCCCGUCGUCUGGGUGCGGGAGUUGGCCCGGAAGGACGGCGUUGUGUGCGCAUGCAGUGUUGGCGUUCUUGGGGCGGAGCAUGACAAGUCGGGGUAUUUUCGACUCAAAGCACAGCCCGAAUCGAUGGAUUUCAUGGGCGUUCCUCCCGCCUCCGAUGCUCUGGAUGCCGCAGUUUGCACUGUAGUGGAAAACUCGGGGGGAAUCCGCCACUUGACGGAAUUGAUGGAAUUGAUGGGAUGGGACGGUCACCGCCAAGCUGAGGCCCAAGGAAGAUUCCGAUUGCCGGUCGUUUUGGAGCAGCGCCUCUGCGCAGAUAAGGCCAUCAAGCAGAUGAACCCCGAUCUCAAGGACAUCGCUCCAAGGCAUAUCGACAUCUACUUGCAAGAAGCUGGAGCGUGGCGACGCAUCAAAGACGAAUCGGAAGUCCUGCGUCGGGACACCACCAGGCCCAACCCUCGGCUCUGUGAUCAGCCAUUUGACUUCCACAUGACGGCAUCACUGCACUGCUAG